GCUGCUGGAGUUUGUUUGCAUCUCUCUCUCCACCCUGAUCGUGCUGGGCAUGUCUUCCUGUUUAGAGGUCGUUCUUCCUCCCCACUGUCACCGAGCACCGUUCACAGAAGGUAUCUCUGGUACAUGUGACCUCUGGUCCUUUCAGAGCGGUCUGACGCUGUGGGCGGACUCUGAACGCAGCAUGGAGCCCAGCAACAGAGUUGAGGUCAGUGAACGCCUCAGGAGAAACAUCCUGAUCAAUACCUCUGAUCAGUCCGCACCCAGCUCAGCAGUCAGGCCCCUGCCGUGACGUCACACGAUGCUUCCUGUCUGAUUUCAAUGUAAAACUCUGUACUGCGCUUCGGAUCGUUUUCACUCAGUCCUAAAACAUAAACCUGCUGAUGCUGUUUCUAUGGCAACGUUUCCGCGGCAAAGAGCGGUGUACCUGAAAGCCGCAGAAACGAGCCGAUCAGGGAGGAGCUUCAUGUGUUCAUCGUGCGUUCAUGUGCGCUGAGCUGCAGGACAACAAAACCCGCAACUCUAAGCGUUUCCGGCUUGUACUUUCAAAAUAAGGUUUUGGUGACAGUUUGACGUGAGUGAUUGGCGUAAAGUGCAGGAGCAAAUACAAGAAUCGGCUGUUUUCAUUCUGUUAAAACGAACAAAAUGAACUUUUGAAGGCAGAACGUUAAGCUCCUAAACCUCUGCGCGCUGCACGCUGAAGCAGCAUCACGGACAGAUGAAUCUCACUUUGAAUAUUUCUGCAUGUUGCAGCAGCUGACCGUCUCAGACAAAGCUUUCCGCUGUUUAACAUUUUAGCCUGGUUGUUGUUGUUAUUAUUUUCAACAUUUUCAUCGUCAUUAUUAUUAUUGUCCUCCUCCUGCGGAGACAAACGUUUUAUUCUGAAGGCGCUCUCCGGGGACUUCCGGUUCUGAGGGGGUUACCUGCCUCCACCUUGACGCAUCUCUGACGGUCAGUCGGCAUGACAACGCGCUCUCGAGGGCAAACGGGGAACGGCUGAUCUGGAGGAUGGCAGCAGAAGAUGCCCAGUAACGGGAACAGCGGCGGGAAUCGAGCGGAGAGGAGCUCCGGGACCAGCCCGGUCCAUGUCCCGGCCAUGGAGCGAGCCCGACCGGCUACGGUGACGGUGUCCGCGGUGAGCCUCGCGCUCAGCGUGCUGUCGCUGCUGCUGCUCGUCACCGCCAUCUCCACCGACCACUGGUACGAGACGGACACGCGCAGGCACAAGGAGAACUGCGACCGGCACGGCUCCGACUCCAACGACCAGAAGAACCGCGAGAUGCCCAUCUACCACCUGCCGCUGGUGGACAGCGGGCCCCGGCACCGGGAUGUGGCGCUCAUGAAGCCCGUGCAUGUGGGCAGCAGGGAGGAGGAGCUGCUGGAGAACUGGCGGGCCAUCCUGGGGAUGGGCAUCCUGGAGACGGAGUGCGGCAGGCCGCUGUUCUCCACCCACUCCGGCCUGUGGAGGAAGUGCUACUUCAAGGGGCUGGACCCGGACAUCGACAAGCUCAUCGACCGGGGCAUUGCAGAUCGCUGCACCGCCGUCAAGUAUCACUUUUCUCAGCCAAUCAGACUGAGGAACAUCCCCCUGAACCUGACCAGGACCAUCCAGCAGGACGAGUGGCACCUGCUGCACCUGCGGCGCAUCACGGCAGGCUUCCUGGGCAUGGCGGCGGCCGUCCUGCUGUGCGGGAGCAUUGUGGCGUCGGUGGGCUUCUUCUGGGAGGAGAGCCUGACGCAGCACGUCUCUGGGCUGCUCUUCCUCAUGGCAG